GAUUUGUUGUUAUUAGAAACGGCAUCGCUUCCGUAUUUACGAUCGUACGCAUGUAGCUUGAUACCGGCGUGCAAGCAGGUGUGUAAAUACUACCACUACACAGACUGCGGAAGAUACAUAUUUUUCAGGUGAGAUUAUUACCCUCAAGAUACCAUGGCUCGGUCGGGAGACGAAUCGUGUUCUCAGAGUUCUAUCGGUCUUGAAUCCAUCUCAUUUAACCCUUUACUACCACAUCCUCAGAGCUGGACGGAGGUACCGCAGUACAACAUGGGUGUCAGGCAACAAAGAACACAUGAAACAUUUGGAAAUUGGAAAUAUGAUGUCCAGUGUCAAAUUGCAAAUAUCUCACAGAAAUUGAAAGACUCCUUAGAGGAGCAUCCCGAUGAUCGGGCACGAGGUUGCGAUGUUCCCUGGCGACCGACCCUUGGUGACCACACCCCUCGUGAAUUACCCCUCCGCCCACAACAGAGGAAACCCAUCGGUAACGCUGCCCCUUCCCCUCCGUCGAAGGAAGAAACUGAAAACUUUUACAGAGCAAACAGUACUGCCAAUCCAUCUUAUCCUCUCUCGUUUGGCCUUGGAAGAACGACUAUCUCGCGAUGAAAGUCUGUGGAAAUGAAACGGGUGGACAACUCUCCUGUAAGCAUGUAAUGACUGGAGACUCAGUUACAAUGCGCUUCAAACCAGCAAGUCAUAGAAGACCUGAAGCUUUGUACGAUUGGAAGCAUUAUUGUUCAUUUCUUUCGGUUAUGAGAGUUAGGGAUCAGAGCUAGUAUAUAGUCGCUUCAUACAUGUAUGCUCAAUAAUUGUGGUUUAUGUGACCUUUACACACAGUGCAGCCGUAUGGUAUCGGGCAGUUAUAUAACUAUGUGAUGGGCUAAAAAAAUUGAUUAAGGAAAGAUUAACCUUCUAUUUGAUUAUUCGUCAGCCUAUGGAGAAAGGUUAUUUAUAUUCAAAGGUGCAUUUCAUUUAUUUGCAGCAGUGUGAACAAUAUACUGGGCUAUAUAAAUAAG